AGUACACGGGUUCAUUCUGUUUCCGCUAGAUCGGUUAACCAAUAGACGUAGUUGGGCGUGGAUUUUCGAAAGCGUUUUCGGGAAUUGACGCAACGCUUGCCUGGAAGACCCAAAACCGAGAUUCGCAAACUUCAUUACGCAGGACUGAACACCUUUAUCAAUGGUAAAUGCUGAGAAAGUCAUUAUAAUACACAAUAAUAAUUGUACAUUGAUAUUGAGGCACUCGUGAAAGACAGGGUUGUUUUCCCAGAGAUUCGUGGACGGCAAUACAUAGUGAAGCAGGACAAUGGAAGUGGGCAGGCAACUGUUGGUAAAGAUGAGGAUGAAGAGGAAGGGCGAGUUCACCUCAGUUCCUGUAAUGGUGCAGGGCCUCGAGGUCCAUCUCUACCUGGAAGACUCUCCCCAGCUGGAGUUUCUCCGGGGUUGUUACACUGCUGAGGAGCUGUGCACAAAGGCAGCCAAGAAGUGCGGCAUUUCCCCUCUUUGUUGCAAUUUGUUUGCCCUGUAUGAUGAGGUCAGGAAAAUCUGGUUCCCUCCGAAUCACACCUUCAAGGAAAGCAGCCGCUUAAAGCUCCACUAUCGCAUGAGGUUCUACUUCACCAACUGGCAUGGUGUGAAUGAGAGUGUGCCACGUGUUUGCAGACACACCCUCAAGAGUAAGAACAGCAAUGAACCAGAGGGUAACCCCCUCCUUGACACUGCCUCACUGAAGUAUCUGUUUGCCCAGGGUCAGCAUGACUUCCUGAAGGGGUGGGCCACACUGAGUAACCCUCAGAAUGAAGAGGAGGUCCACUAUAUUGAGAAUGAGUGCCUGGGGAUGGCAGUGUUGUCUAUCUCACACCAUGCCCUGGACAACAACAUCGUCAUCCCUGGUGUAGCAGGGCAAAUCAGCUAUAAGAAAUAUAUCCCAGAUAGAGUGAACCAAAUCAUCAAGCAGCGCAACUUCCUGACCCGACUCCGUAUCUCCCGGGUGUUCCAGGACUUCCUCAGUGAGUUCAACAACAACACAGUGCAGAGUGACAACGUCAGCACGCACGACAUCAAGGUCAAAUACCUAGCUACAUUGGAAACUCUGACCUGUGGGUUCGGCUGUGAGGAGUACGAGCCCAAAGUGCUCCGUGUGACGGACAGCGAAGGGGAGAUCCAAGGAACACCCACUUCCUGUAACCAGGGUCAGCCCACCCAGUACCAAGUCCUUGUGUCUGGAAAUACAGGGAUCAAGUGGCGGAGGAAGCUACAGAAUGUGACAAAUGCAUGGACUGCCAAAGAGAAGAAAAAAUCCCUAAAGCACAAAACCAACAUCAACCUGACGAACAAACCACCUCAAGGCGUUUCGAACGACUGGAAAACCUUCUCCGAUUUCCAUGAGAUCACACACAUCAACAUCAAGGGCUCCGCAGUCACUGUCCACAAGCAGGACAACAAAAAUAUGGAACUGGGCCUGGGUUUCCAUGCAGAGGCGUUGUCUUUUGCCGCCCUUAUUGAUGGAUACUUCCGUCUGACGGUGGACGCACAUCACUUCCUGUGUACAGACGUGGCCCCUCCCUCUGUGGUGCGGAACCUGCAGGAAGGCUGUCAUGGGCCAAUCAGCAUGGACUACACCUCCCACAAGCUGCGUCAGGAGGGCGAUGAGGAGGGCAUGUACGUCCUGCGCUGGAGCUGCAUCAACUAUGACCACAUCCUCCUGACUGUCACAGGCAACGAGGUGGACCUGACCAAUAGACGUCCGUACCGUAGCUUUAAGAUCGAGGUGGGCCCGGAGGGCUACAGCCUGAAUGGUACGGACCUGAGGCAGCCCUCCCUCAGAGAGCUGACGGAACAGCUGAGGGGCCAGACUCUCAGUACAGACAGAGGCUUCUUCCAGCUCCGCAAGGCCUGCCCUCCCCAGCCCAGAGAAAUCUCUAACCUUCUGUUCGUGACAAAGAGAGAGGCGGAGCCGACACACCCCAUACAGAGUCAACUCAUCUUCCACAGGAUCCUCAAAGAAGACAUUUUGCAGGAGGAGCACUUGGGCUGUGGCACCAGAACUAACAUCUAUGCUGGCAAACUGAAGAUAAAGUGUGAGGAAGAGAAGGAUGUAUGGGGUUCCCAAACCCACCACCAGGUCAAAGUGGUCCUGAAAAUGCUGCGGUCCCAACACAGGGACAUCUCUAUGGCUUUCUUUGAGACGGUCAGUAUGAUGCAUCAGGUGUCCCACCAACACAUCGCUCUGCUGCAUGGCGUCUGUGUUCGCAACCAGGACAAUAUCAUUGUGGAGGAGCAUGUGAAGCUGGGUCCUCUGGAUGUGUUCAUGAAGGGGUGUCGUCUUCAACUCAGCACUUCCUGGAAAUUCCAGGUGGCCAAACAACUGGCCAGCGUCCUCAGCUACCUGGAGGAUAAGAAGCUGGUCCAUGGUUAUGUGUCUGCUAAGAACAUCCUAGUGGAGCGGGAUGGCCUGGAGGGAGAGACUGGGCCCUUCAUCAAACUCAGUAGCCCUGGGGUCCCCAUCUCCGCACUCAACAGACAAGUGCUGUGUUGUAUUACAGAGUGUGUGGAGAGGAUCCCGUGGAUCGCACCAGAGUGUGUGAGGGACAGCCAGGUCCUGAGUGUUGCGGUGGAUAAGUGGGGCUUCGGCACCACGCUGUGGGAGAUCUGCUAUGAUGGAGAGGCUCCUCUCAAAGACAAGAAACUCAUAGAGAAGGAGGUGUUCUACUCGGCCCAGUGUUCCCUGGUGACCCCAGACUGCCCUCAGCUGGGUGAGCUCAUCACCAAAUGCAUGACCUACGACCCCAAGAGGAGGCCCUUCUUCAGGGCCAUAGUCAGGGACCUCACCGGGGUGGCUGAGCAGAACCCAGCUCUGCCUCCUGGUAGGGUGCCCAUCCAGGAAGUGGACCCCACCGUGUUUGAAACCAGGUUCCUCAGGAAAAUCAAAGACCUGGGUGAGGGCCACUUUGGCAAGGUGGAGUUGUGUCAGUAUGACCCCCGUGGGGACGGUCGAGGGCAGCUUGUGGCGGUCAAGUCUCUGAAGCCAGAGAGCAGAGGUCAGCUGUGGAGAGAGAUAGACACCAUGAGAGAACUCUACCACCACAACAUUGUCAAAUACAGAGGAGUGUGUAGCGAGGAUGGUGGGAGAACCACUAAGCUGAUCAUGGAGUACCUGCCAGCGGGGAGCCUGAAGGACUACCUGCCCUGGAGGAAACACCAGACUGACCUCAGGAGACUCCUCCACUACGCUCUCCAGAUCUGCCAGGGAAUGGAUUACUUGGGAUCCCAGCGGUUUAUCCACCGGGAUCUGGCGGCUCGGAACGUUCUGGUGGAGAACGAGAGCACGGUGAAGAUCGGAGACUUUGGCCUGACCAAGAGCAUGAAGGAGGACAAGAGUUACUACACUGUCAGAGAGGAGACCGACAGCCCUGUGUUCUGGUACGCUCCCGAGUGCCUGGUGGACUGUAAGUUUUACCCUGCGUCUGACGUGUGGUCCUUCGGAGUGACCCUCUAUGAGUUGUUGACCUACUGUGAGACAAGCAGCAGUCCUACCACGGUAUUCUUGGAGAUGCUUCGUCCAAUCCAGGGUCAGAUGAAUAUCACCCAAUUGGUGGAAGUGCUGGUGGCCGGCAGGAGGCUGCCCUGUCCACCUCACUGCCCGGAUGCGGUAUACUCUCUGAUGAGGAGGUGUUGGGAGAGUUCCCCGGAGAACAGGAUUCUGUUCAAAGACCUGAUCACAGAGCUGGAGCUGCUGCUGGAUGAGAGGCACGGAGGAGAUGGACUGGCUGUCUGACCUGACGAAGCUGCAGCCUGACCUGACGAAGCUGCAGCUGGACGAGAGGCACGGAGAAGAUGGACUGACUGUCUGACCUGACGAAGCUGCUGCUGGAUGAGAGGCACGGAGAAGAUGGACUGGCUGUCUGACCUGACGAAGCUGAAGCUGGACGAGAGGCAUGGAGGAGAUGGACUGGCUGUCUGACCUGACGAAGCUGAAGCUGGACAAGAGGCACGGAGGAGAUGGACUGGCUGUCUGACCUGACGAAGCUGAAGCUGGACGAGAGGCAUGGAGGAGAUGGACUGGCUGUCUGACCUGACGAAGCUGAAGCUGCAGCUGGACGAGAGGCACGGAGGAGAUGGACUGACUGUCUGACCUGACGAAGCUGAAGCUGGACGAGAGGCACGGAUGAGAUGGACUGGCUGUCUGACCUGACGAAGCUGCAGCUGGACGAGAGGCACGGAGGAGAUGGACUGGCUGUCUGACCUGAUAAAGCUGCUGCUGGACGAGAAGCACGGAGGAGAUGGACUGGCUGUCUGACCUGAUAAAGCUGCUGCUGGACGAGAGGCACGGAGGAGAUGGACUGGCUGUCUGACCUGACGAAGCUGCUGCUGGACGAGAGGCAUGGAGGAGAUGGACUGGCUGUCUGACCUGACGAAGCUGAAGCUGCAGCUGGACGAGAGGCACGGAGGAGAUGGACUGGCUGUCUGAUCUGACGAAGCCGACACAUAGAUGGAUAGAUAAUAAUACUAGUGAUGCACUGAUAUGACAUUUAUGACCGAUAUCCCAUAUUUUCCUUGCCAAAAACAAACUGAAAUUUUAUCAGCCGUUUAAGGAUUAUAGUACAGUUAAAUAGUUAACACACACACACACGGACGCAGAGGUCUACGGCACUGCAUCUUAGUGCAAGAGGCGUCACUACAGUCCCUGGUUCAAAUCCAGGCUGUAUCACAUCCGGCCGUGAUUGGGAGUACCGUAGGGCAAUGCACAAUUGGCCCAGCGUCUUCCGGGUUUGGACGGGGUAGGCCGUCAUUGUAAAUAAGAAUUUGUUCUUAACUAACUUACCUAGUUAAAGAAAGGUCACACACCACACUGACCAAAAAUGUAUUUUGUUGGCAUUUACGUAUGUCCCCAUUACCAGUAAAACAUAAUCAAUCUAUUUAUUUAACUUA